AUGUAGAAACAAGUUUUCUUUUUAAAAGGGUUCUCAUGGUCUAAGUAUAAAAAAAACCAAAACUCUUAUCCAAGAGGCAUUCUCAAUUGAGCACUAAUUUGAGUAUUACAUAAUUGAUUGGAAGUAAAAAAAAAGAUUAGAACAUUAAAAAAUAAGUUCAGAUGACCCUUUUCGAAACUUUUCUGCAAUUUUUACGACAUUUAUUUGAUUAUUUAUUAUUUAUCAUAAUCUUUUGGUCAUUUUUGCUGCUAACGUUCAUUAAAACGUCAUUUUUUUUGAAAAAGCAAAAAACCUUCAGUUAGAAAAUAUUCAAAAAAAGGGAGAACUGUAUUUAAAAGUUGCUGCAAAAGUAAAAUGUCAACAAUUAAAACGUAAUGUACGCCAGAGAACCAUCACGCCACCUUAACUGUCACUAAAUUACAGACGGGCGUUUAGAUAAAAGGUAAAAUUAGAAGCUGAGAAAUUAUAAGUAAAGUUUGUGUCUUAACUGUGCAGCUAAACGAAAAUUAUUUUUUCUUUCAAUCUGACCCAUUAGUUUGGUUCUUUCCAGAGCAAAAUGGGUCAAUGAAGCUGUCAGUCUUUAAAAAGAGACGUGAUGGAUGACUGAAUCCAUGGCGGCCUGACUGUCUCGGUAUCUGUGCGGCAUUCGCGGCAAAAGCAGCCCCAAAACACGUAAUAAAUCAACUUUUAAUUGAACCUCUACUAUCAUAAUAAUUAUAAUUAUUAUUUGAAACCUUUUAUUUUUUCAUGUGAAGGUUCCUUUAGCUCUGUAGGCUGAAGUGUUUGUGUUUGAUUGAAGCAUUUGUCAUGUAAAUGCAAGCAGUUUGAUGGACGAGCCUGCAGACUUGACAGGCCGCUUUAGGUCAUCAGCUAUUGGAGUUUAUCGGGUCACGUGGUGUGUCAGGAAGGUGAUAUGAGGGUGGAAGGCAGUUUUACAGCUUUGACAUACUACCUAAGGUCAGGGCACAGGGAGCGCCGAUUAAUGACUGUCCAGUCUGGAUCGGUUUUGCGCAAAGACCAGGCCCGGGUUCAGGAUGAACUCGUACUUAGAUUAUCCUGUGUGUAACCAUGGAGGAGCAAACAUUUUCAGUGCCAAGGCCGGAUACCCCAAUUUAAACCACGGAUAUGUGUCAUCCAACUCGUGUCCAACAGCUGACAAUUACGCACAGGACGGUCGUUUGGUGGCUGCAAAUCCUGCGCCCCUUCAUCCACCCAGUCUCCACCAAACUCAACUGGAUCUGCAGUUUCCGUUACCAGGAAACCCAAUGUACGGCUCCCCGCUGGAGUUCGGACACCACCAGUAUGGCCUCGCUCCAGACCAGGACCGGAGCUUCAUUCACGCACAGCUUUCCCCAAACAUGGCGCCGUUUUCUGGAGAUGGCUGCGGGCCUGCAGCUGGAGCCAGCUCUCACUAUCUGCAUCCCAGCAGUGAUCAAAGGCAGCAGGAGUUUCCAGAAAACGUUUACGCAAGAGUGCCGGCACAGUGCAGAGAGAAGGACGUGGAUGAAACUUCAAAAACUUUCGACUGGAUGAAAGUGAAGAGGAAUCCCCCCAAAACAGCGGUCCAGUCGGAGUUUGGGGUUCCCGGCCAGAUCAACGUCAUACGCACCAACUUCACCACCAAGCAGCUGACGGAGCUGGAGAAAGAGUUCCACUUCAACAAGUACCUGACGCGCGCGCGGCGGAUAGAGGUCGCAGCCAGCUUGGAUUUAAACGAAACGCAGGUGAAAAUCUGGUUUCAGAACCGCAGGAUGAAGCAAAAGAAGCGGGAGAAGCUCGGUUACGUUUUGGGAAAUCCCUCGGCCUCCGUGGAGAAAGCUCGCAGCUCCGAGUCCUCUCCAAAAGCUAAGGAGAUAAACUCUGAACACUGAUAAGAACGUGGAGGCCUGAGCGCGUUUCCACUCAGAAAUGGCACCAUUCCAGAACAUUAAAAAAUAUCUGGGUUGUGGCCUCACAGGGUAUGUUUAAUGUGUUCAACACUGACUUGAUGCUGAGAAAUCUUUUUUUGUAAAAUGUUUCCCAUAAUUUCUGCAUAUUUCUAUAUGCUGUGAUUUGAGUUGGUGUCAUCGUUUGCACUAUUUAUUUCCAGGAUGUUUCAAACAAUUGUUCAGAUGAUUUAACUUAAUAAAGUCUUAAGAAAAAC